AUGACGCACGAGUUUCACUCACUGUUUCUUCCUCUCGCAGCGGAGGAGCAGGCCGUCUUCGCGGACUUCUUCCCGACUCUCGUGGCCUCGAGCACCUCGAUCCAGGACGGCGUGGCAGGCGAGCACUCAUUGCAGCCAACGGUCUCAGCAACACUCGACACAUAUAGCUCCGCCUGUGCGACCUCCCCCCACUCCCCCGGGGAGUGUGGCAGCUUACCCGAGGUUGGGCGUGGGGCCGCAACGGACGCGCAGGCUCGGUGCGACGCACCCUUACGCUCUCUUGUGUUCGCCAUCGGCAGCGCCAGAGCCGACGCGGUCAUCGUUGUCCUGCGCAGGGGCGAUGUCGUCCUCUACGGGCUCGACCGACUGCACACGCCACCUUACGAGAAGUGCCGCAUCCGGCCCCUCCCCACAACGCAACAGCUCAUGGCGGCGCGCGAGAACGCCCGCAGGUACAGUAAUGCUGACGGGGCAGCGAGUGCCGGGAGCUGGACGGAUGCCAGCUGCAGCGGGGGUGUCGCCGGAUCUCGCAGCGUCGUUAACGGCGGGGUGGAGGCGACCUGUGCAGCGCUGCUGCCGUUGCACAUCGGCUAUUGUUGCCGUAUUCCCCUCUCCGCCUCCUUCAGCUCCGCCACGCCACCAGCCGGUGGACCGCGCCGCGGCGGCGGCGGCGGCUCACGAGACGAAAGGGACGAAGACGUCGUGUACCUCCGCGGCAUCGUGGGCAGCAGCGACGGUCGUGUGAGCCUCUUCUCCGACACGUCCUACACGCUAAGCUUCGCGGCGCACGACAUCCCAGUCGCGCAGGUGGACGCGGUUCUACUGCCGCCCUGCACACUGGACAGGCGCGUGUCAACGAAUGCCAGCCCCACAACGUCAACGCGUGGCUUCAGCAGCACGGGAGCGGGCGCGAACACACGCACGGCACCUUCUGGUGAGCUGACAUCCCCUACGUCACCGCAGCCGCAAGAGCGCUUGGCGCGCGCCACGCAGCGCCUUGGGCUCGUCACCAGCGGCAACGACGGCGUGGUGCUCCUCUGGCGGCGCCUGGGAGACUCGAUGAGCCCCAUCGUGGUGGUCCGUCCCUCCACCUUCUCCAGUCGCGCCGCCUACGCCGUGUACCACCCCUCCGCCCUCUCGGCGCUGUUAUCGUCGUGGGCGCCACCAUCCCAGCGCGAGGCCGCCGUCGAUGCCGAGCUGUCGUGCCCGCCGUCGUGCCUGCUGCACGCAGCGACCUCCACCAGCCAUACUCUGCGCGUUCGCCAGCUCGCCUCCAUCUCACCAAAGCCCACACACAAGUCUCUGUCCUCGGCCGCACGUCGCGAGUCGGUGGAGGAGGCAGCCCCCACCUCCAUGAGCGCCGCACUGCCGGGCUCGUGGUCGGCGACCGUGACCGCGAUCGCCGCGCACGACAGCGUCACUCUCGUCGCCAUGGGUGCAUCCCUGCUCUCUCUCGUCAAACUCAACCCACGCUCUGCUGCGCGUGUGUGGAAGGCAGCGGAGAGCAUCACGCAGCUCGUGCUGAUUGACUCCGUGGCGCUGGCCGUGUGUGCUCGCAGCGGCACCGUGCACGUGCUCACUAUCCACCCCGGCACCGGGCGGGUCGUGCGCCAGCGCGUCUACUACAGCUACAAAAAUCGCGCCAUCCACCACACCAGCCUGCAUGUGGCGUCGCUCCUCAUGACGAUCGUUGACGUCUGCGGGUCGACGGAGCUCGUCCAGCUGCCAACGGAUGUGAUGCUGCCGUGCGACGUGCGACUGCGCCGUGGAGAAUACACAAGCGGUGACGCAGCAAACGUGAAUCUGCUCGCCUCGAUGGCCGCUCUUCGGGCGAAGGUGUGCAUUGAGGCCAUCAAGGGCGGCAGCGGCGGUGGUGUCAGUGGGAGUGUUGCAGCGAACGAGGCGGAGGUGACUGGGGGCUCCACCUCCAUGUACGAGGCGAACGCCGCGUUGGAUCAGCUCAAUGAACGGCUACUGCUCGCUCGCUACGCGGUGCCGGAGGAGUGCGACAACUUUAUGGGCGCCAACGUGCACGUCUUCUGA